AUGUCCGCGGCCUUCACGAGCGACCAGCCCCAGAGGGAGAUCAGCAGCCUUUCAGGCGACUGCGUGAUUCGCACUGUCGACGGCGGCGAGUUCAGGGCCCACCGCGGUUUCCUGUGCGCGCUGAGCCCCGUCUUUCAGGCGCUCUUCUCCGUCGAGUACGGGGGCCGCUGCGACGUCAUGCUCCAGAACGUCACGGCUUCCACGAUGGGCGCGUUGCUCGGUUUUUACUAUUCGAACAAGCUGGGUCUCAACGAAGACAACGUGACCGAGAUCCUGGCUACGGCAGAUAUGCUGCUCAUGGACCAGGUGCGCAAUCUCUGUCUGCACUACAUGCUGCGCAACAUGGACACCGAGAACUGCCUGGGCAUGGCCGCCUUGGCACAGUGGUACCACUUCCCCAACUUCAACCGAGCGGUGCUCAGCUUCGUGCGCGAGCACUUUGACCAGGUGUGGCGUACAAGCGACGAGUUCCGGGAUGUCUCCGAAGCGCUGCUCGUCGAACUGCUCUCUUCGAACGAGCUGAACGUGCGCGACGAGGUGGACCUGCUGCACGCCAUAGUGCGCUGGUCAUCGGCUAGAAAUUCAUCCGCUGCAGAGGCUGGUGCUGCUCUGUCGAGACUGCUGCAGUCAGUCCGGGUCGGCCUCUGCGAGUCAUUGGCGCUGGAACACUUCUGCCGCUUGCAUCCGACGCUGGCGUGCAGCCGGGCGUUCAGCGAGGUUGUGUGGGAACCACAGCAACAGGGCCCCUGCCUGUGCUCGCCGAGCCCACUGCUGCUGGUGCAGUACGCUGCCGGUCGCAGCUGCCCGGACGCGCCGGACGCGGCGCCUUCCUUCGACGGCUACGGCGACGGCAGCAACACCGACGUCGCUGCCGCCGCUGCGGCCAAAAGACGAGCAUCGUUCCCGCAGCUGGAGUGCGAGCGCUGCGGUGCAGCGCGGAACCCCGAGCGCUGGCUGCCACGCAUGCCAUACGAGAUGCUCUUCGUGGUGGGCGGCUGGAGCGAAGGCCGCGAGCGUGAUGCCGUCGAGACGUACGACCCCAGGGCUGAAAGGUGGCUCAUGAAUCACAUGCAGGGAUGUGAACCCAGGGCGUACCACGGCGUGGCAUUGGUGCAGAAUCGUUUAUACGUGGUGGGUGGCAUGCGAGAGACCGCGUACCUGCGCUCUUGCGACUCCUUCGACAUCAAGCACUUCACGUGGCAGAGCUGCUCGAGCAUGAACGUCUCUAGAGGCUACGUCUCCGUCGUGGCCCUGGAAGGUUACGUGUACGCCGUCGGAGGCCGCAAUGCUGCCGAACGCACAGCCUCCGUGGAGCGCUACGACCCGUGCUUCAACCAGUGGACCGUGGUGUCCGCCAUGAACAAGAGGCGAAGUGACGGAGCCGCUUGCGCCUUCAAAGGACGGAUAUACGUGAGUGGUGGCUUCGACGGUCAGAGGGUGCUGAACAGUGUGGAAAUGUACACGCCCAGCCGCGACACGUGGUGCCUGGUGCGGCAGCUGCCAAGUCCACGCUGCAGCCACCAGAUGGCUGUGCUCGGCGACCGGAUGUACGUCAUCGGUGGAUACGAUGGCCGCCGACGUUUAAGCACAGUGAUGUGCGGUGGAGAUGAGGGGGCGCUUUUUUGGCGCCAUGCGUCCCCCAUGAGAAUCGGUCGCAGCACCUUCGCCGCAGCUCUGUUCGACGGCGAGCUGUACGUCAUGGGUGGUUUCGACGGAAUGGGCACCACAGCGGAAGUGGAGCGCUACUCGCCGUCCUCUGACAGCUGGCGCCCCGUGGUGCCGCUCAACGAAGCGGUCUCGGCCGCGGCCGCCUGCGCAGUGAAGGGCCUCGCCGUCUCCAGGCGCCUCUCCGCCUGCGCCAAGCACUAG